GGGGCACAGGAAACAAUAGCAAAAUACUCGACGCUUAUUCCACUCAUCCAUUUCACACAAGUUUUUAGGCGGUUUAAGGUUUGGUUGCAGAAAGAAUUGCCAAAUUUACGAACAGUAGAUUUCAAAGUGAUGCUCACUUGUUCACCUAUGAACAAAUAGUAAAAAUGACACACAACUUUAAGAUGGUCAUUGGCAAAGGAGGAUUCGGAACAGUCUAUUAUGGACUUUUGGAAGAUGGCACUAAUGUUGCAAUCAAGUUACAGAGACACUCAUCACAACAGAGUGACAAGGAGUUCUUCGCCGAGAAAUCUAGCAACCAAAUUCGAAGAUGAUGGUGAAAAUAAAAUACACUCGGUUGAGGAGCCUAACACAAGUUCACCACAAGAAUCUAAUUUCUUUAAUUGGCUACUGCAAGGAUGGAAGUAACCUUGCUAUUGUCUAUGAGUACAUGCCUCGAGGAAACCUUCAAGACCAUCUUAGAGGUAAAACUGGUUUCCUGCGUUGACAUGGGCACAGAGACUGCAAAUUGCAUACCAAGCUGCACAAGGAUUGGACUAUAUGCACACGGGAUGCAACCCACCAAUAGUUCAUAGGGAUGUGAAGAGCGCAAACAUUCUCUUGGGUGCAGAUUUAGAGGCUAAAAUAACAGAUUUUGGAAUUUCCAGGACUUGGAAUGAGAAUGCCACUAGUGUAACCACAGCAGUGGUUGGGACGCCUGGGUAUCUUGAUCCAGAGUAUCUUUGUACUUGCCGCGUCAGUAAAGCAACUGAUGUUUAUAGCUUUGGGAUAGUCCUUCUGGAAAUGAUUACUGGCCAACCUCCGAUAAUUUCUGGCUCAGAAGUGCAACACAUUGUCGGAUGGAUAUCACAGAGAGUUGCCGGUGAAGCACAUUUUGUUGAUACAAGUAUGAAUGAAUGCUAUGACACUAGCUCUAUGCGGAAGGUUCUUCAACUAGCAUUGAGUUGCACAGACUCAUCAGCUAGUAGGAGACCUCAAAUGGCGGAAGUAGCAAUCCAACUUAAAGAGAUCAUUGAAAUCAAGCCCUUGGAUGAUAUGGAAAAUAAAGAAGUGGAAGAAGCAUUUGUAACCUCAAUUGCUCAAGCUGAUCGCCCCUUAUGCAUGCAUCAACUGUCGGCCAACUUGUUCACAUCAUGGACAGAAAAUACCCCUGGUAGAAGGUUUUGGCGAUGCAAAAAUUGGAAAAUGGCAGGCGAUUGUGGUUAUUUCAAAUGGCAUGACCCAGUGCAGGAAGGUGUCACGAUAGAAAAAAUGGAUUUCAUAAUCAACCAAAGGGAUGACCUAGGUGAGGAGAUAAAUAUGAUGGUUGAAGAGAGCGCAACUCUUUUGAGCAGGUUGAAAGUUUUGGAAGAAAAAAUUGUUGAAUGUAAAAGGACUAAACAGACACUAGAAAUGAAGUUGGAGAGUAUGGAAAUUUUAGAGGUGGAUGGCCCUCCCGUUGAUUCGCCUAAAAUUUGGAAGCGCAAGCGCAAGGAGCUCUACGACGACUAGUCGUCAACAUUCCAUAUUUUUCAUUCCACUGGAGGAAAAUGUCAUACAACACAUUGUAACUACAAUUCAAACUGUAGCCAAGCCUGAUCCCACUAAAUGGGGUUGGCUAUAUGGAUCAUUUUACGC